UACCUGAGUCCUGUAGACCAAACCAACUUCUCACGAUGACUCAACAACCAAUCAGCCUCCCUGCUAAACUCAUCAAUGGCGGAGUUGCUGGACUGGUGGGUGUUACCUGCGUGUUUCCCAUUGAUCUGGCCAAGACAAGACUCCAGAAUCAAAGAGGAAACCAACAGGUCUACAAAAAUAUGAUGGACUGUUUGAUAAAGACGGUUCGUUCCGAGGGAUACUUUGGAAUGUACAGAGGUGCUGCAGUCAACCUGACACUGGUGACCCCUGAAAAAGCCAUCAAACUCGCCGCCAACGAUUUCUUUCGCCAGCGACUCAGCAUGGGAGAACUCAAGCUGAACGUGUUUCAGGAGAUGUUGGCGGGAUGCGGGGCUGGGACGUGUCAGGUUAUCAUCACAACCCCUAUGGAAAUGCUCAAAAUUCAGCUUCAGGAUGCAGGUCGACUCGUGGCCCAGCAGAGACAGCUGGCUCUGCUUCACACCGUGAAGCUGGGAGCGGCCGGUACGGUCAUGAACUGCUCAUACAGCAUGGGUCCCGUGUCUUCCAUCAGGAAAGUGUCGGCCAUUCAGAUUACCCAAGAUCUGCUGCGCACGAAGGGCAUCCAGGGACUUUACAAAGGUCUAGGAGCUACCCUCAUGAGGGACAUUCCAUUCUCUGUGGUUUACUUUCCCCUAUUCGCCCAUGUCAACCAGCUGGGCAAGACAUCGGAGGAUGAGAAAGCUCCUUUCUAUUGGUCUUUUAUUUCAGGCUGUGUAGCCGGAUGUACGGCGGCUGUAGCAGUCAACCCUUGUGAUGUGGUGAAAACCAGACUGCAGUCACUCAAUAAAAGCGCAAAUGAAGACUCCUACAAUGGUGUUACAGACUGCAUCAGGAAGAUAAUGCGGAGGGAGGGACCAACGGCGUUCCUGAAGGGGGCCGGCUGCAGGGCUCUUAUCAUCGCUCCACUCUUCGGGAUUGCUCAAGUGGUUUACUCGAUCGGUGUAGGAGAGUUCCUCUUAGGACAAACCCCUUUCAACCUUUACUCUGUUUAAACUCCUCAAUGCUCUGAAACAACGUGAAUUAAACUUUAAAGACCAAGGAAGCUGAUGUGACUAAAUAUCUGCGGACAAAUAUUUGGAAGAGGACUGGCAAUGGCUUUGGUGUCCUAACAUGCUAGCUUUAGCAUGCUCAUCUGGCUUAUUCAGGAAACCACAACACUGCAUACGGUUACGUCUCAUUUUCUUUUGGAAUUGUGACCAGAACCAGAGACAAGUCAGAUUUAUCCUCAGUGAGGGUUGAGUUGGACGUGUACAGUAAUUUUUGCUCAAUGUCAAUCCGCUUGUGAAGUCGUGACGUAAAGCCUGGUUCAGACCCCCAGUGACAAAGCGAGGCGAUGUCAUUCAUUUCAAUGGUAGCCUAGCGACAUCCUGUGACAGUGAUCGUUGGACACAGGAAGUGGGCCUGUCUAGCGACUCAACUAAGUUGAGAUUUUCUCAACCUUAUGCGAUGAGCGACGUUUGAUAGCGCCUACCAAUCGGAGUACAGCAAGGGAACUGUCUCUUGACCGUUACUGAAGGGUUUGUUUUUAGAUGUUUCUAGGGCAACUUAAGCUAGGAACACCUUCUAACCCCGUAGUAAGAGACUAGCGACACAUAGAGACACAGUCGCUGGAGGUCUGAACGCAGGAAUACUGUUUCCGGGUCCAAGCCUCCACUGUUUUCCAAUGAGGGGACUACUUAAACAGCAGUUUUAUAUAUAAACUAUAAACUUAUGUGUAGACUACAGUUUCCGAAAAUCUCUAACAUCAGUAUUUUAAUAACUUGUGAAAAUAAACCCCUGUCUGGACAUGUGGGAUUUUGCUAUGGAGAUAAAGUAUGUGUGUUUUUUCAUAGUUUUACAGCAAACCAUCAGUGUAUAUCAGCAAUUUUUGUUGUUUGCCUAUGACAUCUAAUAGCGUGUUUGGACCCGGAAACGGUAUAUGGCUUUCCAUACCGUAUGUGGUGGUGUGUCAAGCUUUACAAGCAUAUCUCAAGAAAGUCUUAAUUUUUUUUAUUUUUGACAUUGUCAUUGAUAAGAUGAUUUAUUCAUAUGUCUUCCGAUUCACCGUUCAGUCCUAUAUAUCUUGACAUUUUGUAAUUCUAUGUACAGCAUUAUAGGCACCCUGCUGAUUGAUAUUUGCAGGGAGACAUUUCACAAAGGAUAUUGUUAUACAAUAUAUGGGACGAUACAAGAGUUGAGGUUGAGUACUUGAAUAUUGUGCCUCUGAUUUUAUUUUGUUCAGGGUUUGUCCAAACCUUGUAAAAUUCUCCUAGUCAAACUUGAAGCAGGUGUGGAUCUUGAACCAUUCCAAGAAGCUUAAGUUGUGGUUUGAGAAGGAUUUACACUUAAAACAUGUCCUGGAUAUGGAGCAAAACUGAGAAUGUAAAUUGUGGUUUUGAAACAAGAAACGUUACAAACUAAAAAUGUGUUUUGUUGUU